GCAGAUUUCAAAUCCGAAGAGUAACAGGUUUGAUUGCCAACUAAUUCAUCAAGACGUUUGUGGCCACUGCCCAUCCAUGGGAAUCCUCCUAAGCACUUGCACCACCCAUUAGCCAUUACAGAAGAUGGGCUGGCUCGUUGCUACUUGCUUCCACCAAGUCCAAGCUUAGUACGAGUAAAUGAUGGUGUGAUACCCAGCAAACCCUCACCAGCUAAAAAUUUACUGGAAUCCUAAACAACUAUCAACUACCCGUCCAACAUAAUAGAUCGCAGAGCAAGUACCUAAAAUCCUACUGGAAUGACCUUGAUUUUGAAGUACCAACGCCAGUUCAAAUAUUACUAUGAUACUUGUAUAAUUCUAAUGCACCCGAUAUACUCAUUGCAUAUGGACAAAGUCACUGUUCAAGCAUUAUAAUAAGCUUACAGCAUAGAAGCGCUUCAAAUAAUUUGAUUUCAUAUUUGCAUGCAGGGUGUAAAAUAUAUUCAAAUUCCCAAACAAAAGGACAAUUAGGCAUGACAAACACCAAAAUACUGGUGUGGGUGCCCAGGAGGAUCACCACAGAAGGUUGAAGUACUGAAAGAGACAUUUUUGAGGAUGUGCUGAUUCCUGCUUCACCUAGCAAAAGAGACAAACAGAUCCAACUCAAAAUGUCCAUUUAUACUAUAUUUAAUCUUAACUAAUAUUAUUUGAUACAAUGAUGUUAUUAUCAAAGAAUUCUAAUCCCAUUCUCACUCAUGUCAUUAGAGGGACCAUUGUCUUUGAUUAGGGUUGGUAUGAAAUUUCUUCCUCUUUUUGUCUGCUACCCAAACCUCAUCUUCUCUUAGCAUAUAUCCUCAGCUCUGAGUCUUCCCAACGUAGGAUAGAGCUGAAACUUUCAAGCAUGUCGAAUUUGUUUCAGGGCUUUGCACAAGUCGAACAAUUGCAGAGCACCAUCAUUCAACAGUCUUCUAAUAGAAGUCCUAAUCCCAGUGAAAACGGAGCUGAUGGUCCCACUCCCAUCACCACUGCAUUAAAGAAGAAAAGAAAUCUUCCAGGGAAUCCAGACCCAGAUGCAGAGGUUGUAGCAUUGUCACCAAGGACUCUGAUGGCAACAAAUAGGUACAUUUGUGAGGUGUGUCACAAGGGAUUCCAGAGAGAUCAAAACCUUCAGCUCCAUAGAAGAGGGCACAACUUGCCAUGGAAGCUAAAGCAAAGGUCAAACACAGAGGUUAAGAAGAGGGUGUAUGUGUGUCCGGAGCCCAACUGCGUGCAUCAUGACCCAAGCCGGGCUCUUGGUGACUUGACUGGAAUAAAGAAGCACUUCUGCAGAAAGCACGGAGAGAAGCGAUGGAAGUGUGACAAGUGCUCAAAACGUUAUGCUGUUCAAUCAGACUGGAAGGCACAUACAAAGAUAUGUGGAACCAGAGAAUAUCGCUGUGAUUGUGGUACAAUCUUCUCUAGGAAGGACAGUUUCGUAACACAUAGAGCUUUCUGUGAUGCAUCGGCGGCGGAAAAUUAUAAGGCAAACCAGCAAAUUGCUGCCGCAGGAGGAACGCCACACAACCAGCCUCAAGUGCUGUUCUCUUCUUCGAUGCCCACUUCGGAAUCAAGCUCUGGUGCAAACAUGUCGAUGAAUUUGUCAGUUUUCAACGAGAAUAUUGACAAUAUAACAAGGCCGGCAUCUCUGAAUUCACCUGGGCUUACCAUAUCAAAUAACUUAAAUCAGAUUUUCAAUCCAACAACUUCACAGGAAUGUUUUGGCUCAGGAAUUGGAUCGAAUAAUUCUCCCAUGGGUAUUGGCUCCACUUACACAUCCGCAACUGCCUUGUUGCAAAAAGCUGCUGAAAUGGGUGCUAAGAUAAGUGACAAUUCUAUCGCCCCAGUUCUUUUCAGAGGAUUUACCGGAUACUCUGUUGGCAGUACGAACUCAUGUGGGUCGGUCCAGGAGACUUCUUCAGUAAUUAGUUGCAGUAUGGGACCAGUUUCUGCAACAGCAAAUGGUUUAUAUGUGGGAAAUCAAGAAACAUUUAACAAGGACUUGGAUGCAGUAGAUGUAAGACCUAGCUAUGCUGUUUCUCACAGUGGGUUAUUCGACUCUUCUUUGUUUAUGCAGAUGAAAAAUCAAAACCCUGCAGACCGGUUGGAAGAACUAUUCAUGGGCGAUGGUGAGAAAAUGACAGUUGACUUCUUAGGGGUGGAGCCUACUGCAUAUCCAAGUAAUGGGAAGAAAAGAAGCUAUGAUGGUAACUUUAUGGGUUUGGAGUAUUCAAACACACAGCAAAACCUUUAAGCCUGCACAAAUUGCGUUUAGAAUGGCAAAAUCAUCCCAACCAGAUAACUUGUGCUCCAUAUUUUGAAUCUGUUCUAGUUGCUGCAUGUUCUUUCCCUCCUCCCCCAAACCCACCGCCCCCUCCCCCCACCCCUCUUUUUUUUUCAAGAAUGUGAACUUUUCCUUUUUCCUUCAGUUACAGUGAAACAUAGAACCAAAUGACCAUACAAGUUCUCAUCAUGACUUAUGGGUAUAAAGUUAAAAGAAGCAGUACACUUCUGUGGGCUUACUGCCUAGCAACCAGUCUUGAGACUUGACCCGUUCAAAAUUAUUGACACUUCUGCACUAAUGUAAUUCUACAUUCACAACGGUAGAUACGAAUUGUUGGAAUCCUCUUAAAACAGGCAGAAAGAAU